UUUAAGUUGGCAACAUUAGCUCGGCUUUGAUUUGACACUCCAACUUCCUCUUUCGUUUUCCGCCAUUAAAAUAGGUGAUAGCGUUAGCGUGUGUUCGUGACGAACCCCAGAUUUGGUAGUAAAUCUUGUCAAUAAAUAAUGGGCGAUCCUUACGCCUCUGGCGAUUAUGCCAGCACCGGCUACUCCCAACCACAAUAUUCUAUGCCACCUCCGCAGGUAGCGUCUGGUGACAAUAAUUAUGGGUCUGCUCAAGGAAACUAUGGCCAAAGCAAUUAUGCUGGUCAAAAUAAUACACAAGACUGGAAUCAGCAGAGUUCAGCAGGAAAUGGUUCCUAUGGGAGUUCUCAAUCUUCAGGAAACAAUUAUGGUCAGAGCUAUGGUUCCAAUUAUGGAAGUGGAGGAGGAUAUGACAGAAAUGAGAGCAGUAACAAUUACAAUGUGAGUGGGGGGGAACGAGGAGGCAGCAACUAUGGUGGAGGUAGCCGUGGGGGAUCUGACUACGGAGGAGACCGGGGAGGCUCCAACUACGGAAAUGAUCGAGGAGGAUCAAACUAUGGCAGUGACCGCAGUGGCUCCAACUAUGGUGGGGACCGUGGUGGCUCCUAUGGGGGAGAUCGAGCUGGCUACAAUAGAGAUGGGGGGAAUAGAGAUGGAGGAUACAGUGGCGGCGGCAGGGGGGGUGGUUUUAAUAAAGGUGGCGGUGGCGGGUUUGGAGGAGACCGUGGUGGGGGCGGGGGUGGGGGUGACAUGGUAACACAAGAAGAUACAAUUUUUAUUCAAGGCAUGAACCCAAGUACCACAGAAGACGAAUUGUGCCAACACUUUGGAUCCAUUGGAAUUAUUAAGACUGACAAGAAGACGCAACGUCCAAAAGUCUGGAUGUACAAAGACAAAUCUACCGGCCUGCCCAAAGGUGAAGCUACUGUAACUUAUGAAGAUUCCAACGCCGCUAGCUCUGCUAUACAGUGGUUCGACGGAAAGGAUUUCAAUGGGUCAACCAUCAAAGUAUCUCUCGCUCAACGGCAAAACACGUGGGGAGGUGGCAAAGGAGGCGGCGGCGGAGGAUUCCGCGGUGGUCGCGGCGGAGGUGGAGGCCGAGGGGGCGGCGGCGGCGGGCGCGGGGGUGGCGGUGGAGGGGGACCACCCUCCGGCAACCGCGAAGGCGAUUGGCGCUGCCCUAACCCUAGCUGUGGGAACACCAACUUCUCGUGGAGGAAAUCUUGCAACAGAUGCAACGAAGAGAAGCCCGGUGGUGGCGGCGGUGGUGGUGGUGGUCCGCCUGAGCGUGGUGGUCGCGGUGGCGGCGGCGGGCGUGGCGGAGGACGGGGCGGCGGCGGGCGCGGCGGCGGCAGCUGGGGCGGGCGCGGAGACCGCGGCGGAGAUCGGGGCGGCGACCGCGGCGGUGAGCGACGUAGCUUCGGCGGCGGCGGCGACCGCAGUGGCGGCGGCGCUAUGCGUGGCGAUGGAGGGCGAGAUAGACAGAGACCUUAUUGAAUAAGUUACUUUUUAGCGUAAUUAUGUAUGUACUGUGACUGACUUAGGGUUUACCAACGAGUCAGAUUCCUUAGUAUGGUACGAAAGUAUCUGACCCCCUAUAAUGUACUAAUAUUGUCAAUAAAAUUGUCUAGUUCUUUAGCAAAUCUUCAUUAUUGAUCAGUACGAAACUAUAAAGUUUUAUUGUUCAUUGUAUGUAAUUAAGCUAGGCAUUUUAGGUUAAAGUGUCGUAAGUUAAUAAAUGUCUGAGUAAAAUAAACUUUUUUAAAUAUUU